AUGACCGAGUUAUUAACAACAGAAGAAACAUAUUUAAACCAUUUAUUGACUAUAAAAAACUUUUACAUGGAUCCUUUAAUGCAUGCUGCAAAGAGAAGCCAGAAAAAGUCUUCCCUUGUCAAUUUAAAAGAUGUAGAAAUAAUAUUUGCAUUUAUACCACAGUUAAUUGCCUUAUCUACAAUCCUUGUUGAAGGCUUACACGAAACAGUGACUCAGUAUUUAGAGGAUGAUAGUAAAAAACAUGCACUUUGCAUUGGAAAGAUAUUUUGUAGUCUUGAGCCUUAUUUUGAAAUCUAUAUUGCUUACUCUGUCAAUUUUUCAAAAUCAAGAAAAUAUUUAUCAAAGGCGAGUUCAAAUAUUGUGUAUCGUCAGUUAGUUCAGGACACAAUAAGAAAAAAGGAAACAAAUAAAAUGUUACUUUCUGAUUAUAUGAUUGCGCCUAUUCAAAGGAUAACUCGUUAUUGUCUUUUACUAACAGAUCUUUUAAAGCAUUCAAUUUCAUCUAAUCCUGAUUACACAUAUUUGGAUAGAACUCUUAAAUGCUUAUCUGCACUUGCGUUUGCCAUGAAUAAUGUUCAGUAA